GAUGUGAAGUGUAGAUGUGCAGCAACAGCUAAACGUCGUGUCAGGUUUCUAGGGGCUCGUGCUAAAUUUAACCCUGUGAUCCUGCAGCAGGCAGAGGGGUUUAAAUGCCAGCCUACAGUUGCUCCACACCAGUUGUUCUCCACACAUCUUCCACUCAUCACAAACUAAGGCCAGGGACGAAGACAGGCAUACACACACGAACACUCCGACAGACACGCUCCAGGCGCAGGACCGAACACCACAUACAGUAGAGCAGUUCCAGGGGAAGCAGGAAUCUUUGUUCCCCUUUCAGACCAUAACGUUGUCCAGUAUGGAGCUUUUCGAGACCAACCCUUACUUCUUCCCUGACCAGCGCUUCUACGAGGGAGGGGACAGCUACUUCCCCUCUCGCCUGUCUGGGGGGUAUGACCAAUCUGCCUACCAGGAUAGGAACUCCAUGAUGGGCUUGUGUGGGAGUCUGUCUGGGGGUGUUGGAGUCGGAGUGACAGGAACAGAGGACAAAGCCUCUCCGUCCAGCCUGUCACCUCACUCCGAGCCCCACUGCCCAGGUCAGUGCCUGCCCUGGGCUUGUAAGCUGUGCAAAAGGAAGACGGUUACCAUGGACCGUCGGAGAGCGGCCACAAUGAGGGAGAAGAGGCGUCUGAAGAAGGUAAACGAGGCCUUUGACGCUCUGAAGAGGAGCACCCUGAUGAACCCAAACCAGAGGCUGCCCAAGGUGGAGAUCUUGCGGAGUGCCAUCCAGUAUAUUGAAAGGCUGCAGGCCCUGGUGUCUUCCCUCAACCAGCAGGACACUGAAACGGGACAGCAGGGACUGCACUACCGACCCAGCCAGGCCCAGCCCAGAGUGUCGUCAAGUGAGCCCAGUUCAGGCAGCACCUGCUGCAGUAGCCCAGAGUGGAGCAGCACUCCAGAGCAGUGCACACAGAGCUACAGCAGCGAGGAUCUCCUGAGUGCUGCUGACUCUCCAGAGCAGGGGAACAUGCGUGCCCUGACCUCCAUCGUGGACGGCAUCACUGCAGCAGGCGGAGCUGUGGCCUUUUCUGUGGACAUUCCCAAAUAAACCCUCCACACAGCGGACCCAUAUGUGCACAGAGAGCCACAGACAAAAUGACAAUUGGCAAAGCAGGCUGAUAAUCGGUCCAAUUUAAUUUAUUUUUCAGCUCUACUGAUCUAUGUGUCUUAUGCUAAAAUUUUAAUAUAGUGAUUUGUUUGAAUUGUAACUCUGCUGAUCAAUGGGUCUGCUAGCCAAACUGAAUUCCUCCUGUUCACAAUGAGGCCUUAUUCCCUUUAUUCCCUGCCUUAUCCUGCGGUCCAGGCCUUUCUGUCAGAGCUAUAGCAGCUUAGUCUAACUAGAGAUUCAAGGACUUUACUGCAUGAACCCAACACCUAGUUACUAGAUUGGAUCUCUGUCAGGCUUGCCUUCAGUCUCAUACAGCCACAGAGGAACGACAAAGCCUGGUUUUCUCCUUACUUAAUUUAAGUUUUCCUCUUUUCGAAACCUUUCCCUUUCAUUCAUUUUGUGUGUGUUUUAAUGCUUAAAAAAACAUGAGUUUAUUUGUGGGGCCAAUAUGUACCAUGGCAGUUUUGACCAAGAUCUGCUUAAUUUAAACUGGUUAUGAAUGCUAGUGAUGUAAAUACGUUCCCUUUUUCUACAGAGUGGUUUUGCCAUUUUAUUUUUUAUUUUUUGCUAACUUAUUUUUGACUUUUAUAACUAAGAUUGUUGUGUAUUUGUAGAUGUUCUGAAAAGUGAUAUUUUCUGUCCAAUUCUUGCAAUAAAGACCAUUUUCAAUA